UUUUACCUUGAAGUGCUCAACUUCAAGCUCAGGUCGCCGGUCUGCAAAGCAGGAGAGACAACCAUCCCGUCAGCAGAGGAUCAAAAUUGGAUGGCAUGUCUUUCAAUCAUCCUCAGGGAUGUUUCCUAUACCGUCGCCAAUAACCCAUAGUGCAGCUUAUGGUGGUAUAAAUAAAGCACCUACCGACCUACUACCACCAAAUGUUAAAAGAAAAUCAAGAAGUUCAAUUUUACUCAAAAAUAAAGCGUGUAAAAACUGGCCUAUUGCAAUAAUUCAAAUUAUUGAUUAAAAAAUAAACGAAACGUGACAAACGCGAAGUUUACAUAGUGCCCUCUCUGAACAAGAAACUAAACUUCAAUCAAUAAUGUUGAGAGCAUUUAAAAGUCUGAUCUAGAAAUUCGCAGUAUGGAAAAUGUUCCUUUUCAAAAUAUAAACAGAACGUUUCUUGGUAACACGAAUGGCGGCUUACACAUGCUGGCAAGAUGUACUUGAUGAUAUUACUGUACGGUGCAAGAAAUCAAAGACUUUAGUACGAUUUGCUAAAUUAAAGAACAAUGAAGACAGAGUGGAAUUCUGUCUUAGAGAUGAUUUCAUUAGAAAUAAGGCUCAGCAGUGGCUCAAUAUCAUGUGUUCAUCUCGACAUAAAAAAUAUUGGGAAAAAGCGAAUGAACUAAGAGUCGAAGGAAAUCAGUGUUUUCAAGAGAAAUCAUACUCAAAGGCUGUAGAAUUUUACACACAGAGCAUUCUUGCUGCACCGUUUCCAAAAUCUGAAGAUUCUGCUGACAACCGCAUUGAAGAACUUGCUUUGGGAUAUGGUAAUCGAUCGGCUGCUUUAUUUCACUUACACAAAAAUGAGGAAUGUCUAUUAGAUAUUGAUCGAGCGAUUCAUUACAAUUAUCCCAUCAAUCUCAGAUUUAAGCUAUUUCAACGAAAAGGGCAAUGCUACAUGAAACUAAAUCAGCCCGAUGCAGCUAUGGAAGCUUUCAAUAUGUCGGUGGAACUUUUAAAAGAAGCGUCAUUGGAUCCAAAGCGUUUAGCUCGCCAAGAAAAUGAUGUAGAAACCUUAAUAAAAGCUGUUGAGGAAAUGAAGCCGCCAGAUGAGGAAAAAGAGGCAGUACGUUCUCAUAUUCUUCCAUUAAGCUAUGGCUCCAAUCAUUCUAUUGACAAUGCUUCAUGUGCAGUAGACAUUAAGAAUGAUAAAACAAAGGGUCGGUUUGUUGUGGCUAACAGAGAGUUAUCACCUGGUGAUACUCUGUUUGUGGAGGAAGCCUAUUCAUCUGUAUUGCUGCCUGUUCAUUAUCCAUCUCACUGCCAUCACUGUUAUGUCAAAUCGUUAGCUGUAGUUCCGUGUCAUCAGUGUUCACAAGUUCGUUACUGCUCCCAAAAAUGUGCUGAUUUAUCAUGGGAGAAAUACCACAAAUGGGAAUGUGGUAAUUUAGACCUAUUGCAUUCGGUGGGUAUCGCUCAUUUAAGCUUCAGGACAAUUCUAGUCACUGGAUUAGAUUUUCUCCAAGAAAAUCGUGAAGAGCUAGUGAAGUCUUCAACCUCAUUAUAUCCCUUUGAUUUCCCUGAUGGUAAAUACAGAAAUGAUUACUUUGCAGUUUAUCAUCUGGUGGCCCAUGAUGACAUGCCUACAGACGACACUUUUCAAUAUGCAUUGACAGCCCUCCUUUUGCUGAUGCUAUUGGAUCGAAUGAACUAUUUCGCCACCUUAGAAAGCCAAACAUUACGCGAAAGGCUCAUCAGCUGCAAUCUUAACAGCCGUGUAGGGUCUGCUCCAUCCACGCCAACUCAUAAAUCUAGAAGCCCCGUCCAUUCUCGUCUCUCUGUAAAUUCAGUCGAAGAGAACGACAUGCCGACUGGUCCACCCGCUAUGGAAAUGUUUAUUAGUGGACUGAUACUGCGUCAUAUUCUGCAAUUGAUCUGCAAUGCCAAUGCUAUAACAGAAUUGCAAACAUCAUCUCAAAGUGGUACUUCUGUUCUUAACCAGAAACAAGUGAAAAUCGCCACUGGACUUUUUCCCACUGUCAGUCUCAUGAACCAUUCGUGCAAUCCCUCUGUUAUAUCCAGUUUUUCUCGGAAUGUACUUNAUGAAUUUUUUUUUACAUGUGAAUGCGAUUCUUGUGAAAAUGAAGAUGAACGGGAGCAAAGAUUUCAAGCAUUAAAAUGUCCGUCAUGUAGUGGUCCACUUCGAGCACCAGACUCUACAAAUAAAGCUUCGUGCUUAGAUUGUGAUAAACCCAAUGACUGCACCACUUCAUUAAGAAAAGUCUUCACUGCUCAUGACCUUUAUGUGCAAGGCCUGCAACUUGCUGCUAAGGGUAGCUUCAAAGAUGCACUUGAAAGACUAAAGAAAUGCUACAAAAUUCGUGAAAAAGUCAUGUACAAGUAUAACAGACAGCUCUCUGAAGUCCAAGAUCAGUUGGCAUGUUGUUAUGCUUCAUUAGACAAGAUGAUGCUUGCUGUGGAGUAUUUGCGGCCAACUCUCACAAUAACUGAGCACAUCUUUGGGGUAUACAGUAUAGAGUAUGGUAAUGAAUUACAGAAAUACUCUGAUCUACUUAUCAAUGCUCUUGCUCAAUCCUAUCACGAACGAUCUGCCAGUGACCAAGACUUCAGGAUUCUAGUGGAAGAGACAAGAGAAGUGCUGGAGAAAUCCCAUCUCAUCUUUUCCAUCCAUUAUGGUCCAUACCACGAAGGCCUUCAGGAGCUGAAAGCCAAGCAAAAGCAACUCGAAAUGUUCUCAGUCCAUUAGUCAUGUUCUCUGAUGCCAUUUUUUCCCUUUCGAACUCUUUACUACAGCGUCUCGCUUGAAAUCCUGAUGCUGCAGCUUUCUGCUUCAGUAAGUCUUGAUAUGCGCAAUACAAGACUCAUUUGGCCAAAGAAAAUUUUAUGUUCAUUAUUUGUUUAUAUUGUACGAAGCUAAGUCAUGGUGUUAAUAGGAAUUUUGGCAUUUAUUACAAAAA